AUGCCUCCUCGGAAAAAGCUGAAGAACGACUCGAACAAAACUGUGGAAGAUGCCUCAGAAGCUGCUGGGACACAGGACACGACGCCGGCUCCGCGUCGCGGCGUUCGGGGGCGGCGAGGGGGACUGAAGGACAUGCCCAACAUGCCCCUAGACAUCCUCUUCGAGAUCUUUAGUGUCCUCCACCCCAAGGACCUGCUGCACCUGUCGCGGGCGAGCAAGGCGUUCCGACGCCUCCUGCUCGCUCCCAGCACGGUGCCGUGCUGGAAAGAGGCGCGUUCGCGUCAAGAGAACCUCCCUGCCCCUCCCCCGCAUAUGUCGGAACCUGCGUGGGCGAGCCUGCUGUUCUCGAACCAUUGCCACGGCUGUGGUAAGACGGGGAACUUCACGAUUCUCUUCGACCGCUUUAUCGAGGUUGCCGCAAAGCGUCGUUCCACAACUCAGUGGCAUGUACCCGAGGCCAAGGACAUUGAGACACAGUGCAAAGGUCUGUCCGAGAAAAAGAUCAGUAAGCUUCUCGAUGUUAGGAGUAUUCGCAUGAGAGACACUCGGAAAUGCGCGGCUGUUCUUAGGCGUUGGCACGCCGGCGAGCAGAAGAACAAAGGAGAUGAAAGGAUCGCCUUGAAGAACGAACGGUUUCAGUCGUACGUGAACCGUUUACUUGGAUUGAAUGCCGAGCUCAGAGGGAGUGUCCACAGCGUGCAGCAAUGGCUGCGUGAGGACGGGUGGGGUGAUGCGCUUGACAUCUUGAAUGACAACGAGCUAGAGGCCCUCGCAGCCGUGCGAGAAGUAGAUAAACCGAAGAAGCUGGACAGCAGGAGAGGUUGGAAUGCUAUCAAAGAUGAAGUGGUGAACAGCCUUGAGAACCUCAAGCGGCAGCAUCUGCGCCGAGAGUUCAAUAUCAAGAUAGCGCCGCGCUUCGGCGUUCUGCACAGUGCACUCGUGCGCUACCGACGGUCCCGCUGGGCGCCGGGAGCGGGUACCCAGCUUAUUGGUAGCUUCGCGGACUACGUCAUUAUGCCAAAGCUGCGCGCAUUCCUCGAAGAUGACUCCCACUUUCAGGACGGCGCGCCAUGCGUAGAAGAUGUACUGCUCACUCUGUUGCAGCCGUUGACCGAACAGUGGGUUACAGAAGUCAAAGACGGGCUCGUCAAGCGAGCAUUGGCAGCGCUCGGUGAUAGCCACCACUCAGUGCGCCCUGACAAUGCAAUCGAGCUCGCCAUAUUCGUCCUGUACUGCCCUCAAGUUGAACGCCACUGUCGCUGGGAAGAGGCGAUUAUUCACCGACCCUGUGUGGUGAGAAAUCUCGAGUGGGUGAAGGACGACUAUACGAAAGAAGCCCAACAUUUCCUCAAUACCAUGAACCAUGAAACCUCCAAUCACUUCGAACGAGCCGUCGACCUUACCGCGUCUCAAGCUCGCUAUGCAGAACAGCUUGAGUCCAGACGUGCGGUCGUCGCUGCAUCCGGGCUUGACCCCGAUACCGCGACAGUCGCAGACAUGGAUGCCUGCGGCGCACGGCUAUACUGUAUGCUGUGUGCCCGUGUCGUCGAGUGGGAGGUCCUCGACUGGAAGGCGGCGUAUCUCAGAUUGCGGUUUGCCACUGGCGGCGUGUCGCAGACGAGCAUGCGGCGACUCCACAAGAAGGAAGACGCGAAAGAAGGGGUAGACUACGUGCUCAGCAAGCGGCCGAUGCCCGCUAUCACAAUGUUUCAUCCCAUGCUCUCCGAGACCCCCAAGUGCGUUGCGAAAGUCGAGGAAGGUCUUGGGUUGUUCGCCGAGAUGUAG